GUCGCUGUUUAAUCAACUGUUAUUUUCAGUGUCUGAGCGCCGUCGUCGCAGCCGCCGGAAGUCUGCAUGAAGCUGCGUCUCUCGCCGAGUCGACGGCGUCGACGUUUUUUUCUGUCUUCGUUUUUUUUAUUCGGGACUUUUUUUCUGUUUUUUUAUUUUCUCUCAGCGAGAUGCGCGCGGAGCGAGGGAUGGAGGCGUGGGGAGCGGAGUGUCCGUGCUCGCCCGGCGGCCGCUCGUUGGGCAGGAAUAACCGGGCCUGCGUGUAGCUAGAGCGAACAAAAGACAAAAUUAAUGGAGGCGCGUUAGCUAGCUCCCCUUUAUGUGGCGCUAGCGGCUAACGCUAGCAUGCUGCUCCAGACCCCGGACGCCUCCGCUGCUGCAGCUGCCCGCGUGCAGCUCCUCGUCCACGCUGGGCGCUCAGGGGUCGCGGUUAAACGGUUUAGGACACAUUUGCAUUUAGAGGACGUCACCAAUCACUGCUAGGUAGCAUUAGCAUCGGCUAGCAGGGGGCAGUUUUGGAGCCACUCGUCCAAAAAUGGCUCUGAGAGCAUGAAAGUCACUGAAACGUUGACUUUUCCUGAUCUAAUAUUGGCCCCGUUCAGCUGCAUCCUCUCAGAAGUUAUUGGAAUCAGACACGUCUUUUAUGUCUGGGCUGUGCGAGUGCGGAGCUGAGAGGUUCCUGCAAAUAUAAAAACUCAUUUGGAUGAGCUGCUCGAUUAGCGCAGGUUUAUAUGAUCAGUGCAGUUUCAGAAAUAAUGGACGAUUCCCAUUUCAACUCAUCAUACUUUUGGUCUCCCGUCCCCACAGUACAAGGACAGAUCGAGAACGCCAUGUUCUUGAACAAGGCUAAGGAGCAGCUGGGUCCUGAGAAGACUAACGCCUCGUCCUUCCCUCACUCCUCUGCGUCUUCCACCUCCACCCCUCACUACCCCACGGCGGUGCUCGCCAUCCCCGGCUCGGUGGACCCGGGGGCCGGGGUGAGAGUGGUUCCCAAACAGGAGGGAGGCGGCGGCAGCAGUGGCAGCGCGUCGCUGAGCUCGGUGGGAGGACACCUGCAUCAGUCGCACACGUCCCAGAACGUCACCGUCGUGCCUGUUCCUUCCACCGGUAUCAUGACUGCAGCCGGUUUGGUGAUCACCACACCUCAAGGCACACUGGUCCCCACUGCCUCCACACAGUCAUUUGUAGCUGGACCUCCCACUGCCACAACCAUGAUAGUGUCUGCAUUGCACCCCUCCAAUACAGAUAAGAAGGAGGACAUUUCUGUUCCCCCUGCAGUUGUCAUGCCGACGCCAUCAAAGCGAGGCAGGAAGAGCAAACAGGUGAUGGGCAGAGUGUCUGGGGUCCUCCCUGCAGGAAGCGAUGCAUUAAUACUGGCCCACCUUGCAGCUGGUGGACAGCACCACACUUCUGACCCAUAUGAUCUGUCAAAUGACGAGGACGAUCAUCCAAACAAAGACGGACCCAAAACCUACAGGUGUCGGAUGUGUGCAGUGACGUUUUUCAGCAAGUCAGACAUGCAGAUUCACGCCAAGUCCCACACGGAGGCCAAGCCCCACAAGUGCCCCCACUGCUCCAAGUCGUUUGCCAACUCCAGCUACCUGUCCCAGCACAUCCGCAUCCACAGCGGCGCCAAGCCCUACACCUGCACCUACUGCCAGAAGACGUUCCGGCAGCUCAGCCACCUCCAGCAGCACACACGAAACCACACGGAGGCCAAGCCCCACAAGUGCCCCCACUGCUCCAAGUCGUUUGCCAACUCCAGCUACCUGUCCCAGCACAUCCGCAUCCAUACCGGGGCCAAGCCCUACACCUGCUCCUACUGCCAGAAAACGUUUAGGCAGCUCAGCCACCUCCAGCAGCACACACGGAUUCACACCGGUGACCGACCAUAUAAGUGUAACCAUCCUGGCUGUGAAAAGGCGUUCACUCAGCUGUCAAACCUGCAGUCUCAUCGGCGGCAGCACAACAAAGACAAGCCGUACAAGUGUCACAACUGUAACCGUGGUUACACAGACGCUGCUAGUCUGGAGGUGCACCUGUCCACACACACCGUCAAACAUGCCAAACUGUUCUCCUGUGGCCUCUGUAACCGAUCCUAUACCUCGGAGACAUAUCUAAUGAAACACAUGAGGAAGCACAAUCCUGACCCGCUCACCGUGGCAGCGACGGUGGCCGCCCAGCAGGCCCAGGGCCUCACGCCAGGCGGAGGAGGGGGUCGGGGCCGAGGCCGCGGCCGAGGUAGAGGAGCGGGCCGAGCGGGCCAGCUUCAGACCAACCCGAACAAUACCAACCAGAACCCCAACCCCGGACCUCCGAGCAGCUACCAGCCGCCCCAGCAACCCACAGACGCUGUUGUUCCCUGUCCGUUUGACCUGCACCAAUACAAAACGGUGUCAGCCAGCGAGAUCCAGUACAAACCAGUGACUGUGGCGGACCUGCCAGUGACCCACAAAGACCUCUGCCUCACUGUGUCCACGUCAGCCAUACAGGUGGAACACAUGAACUCGUAGGCUGCAUCCUCCCACUCUGCAAGGAAUCACUUCUAAUUGUCUGCGGUGUAAAAAGGUCCACAUCAAGUAGUUCUACUGCUUAGUGUUAAAGUCUCCUUAAAACAACAAGAAAAAGCUUAGAGGGUGAAAGGUUGUACAUAGAGUUUGACCAAUGAUUGGUACUAAAACAAAACAGCACAGCAGUGAGAGGAUUCUUAUCCUGUUGCUUCAAGUGACAGUAUUUGAUUAUGUUCACUGUGAUCAAGUUACAUUUAUUUCACCCUUUGGUGUUUUUUCUUUGUUUGAAGAAGCUUUAAUAGUAAUGAUAUUAAAUUACUUGUUAAAAAAAGAUUUUACAUUAUACUCUGAAACUGAGCCCAUUUAGGACACUGAUAUAAGACUUAACCAACAAAAUGGGAAUCAGUUUUGUGGGAAUUUUUAUGGCUUGAUGCAGUUGGUACCUCAACUCUUGAAUUGGUCAAAAGCAAAAAAGUCCCUCAAAUCAUCCUUAACACACUGAUCCUAAACCAGUGAUGCUGCUGUGCGAGUCUGGGUUGAAGACAUUCACUUGUCCCUUUCAUUGCAUCAUAUUCUACAGGUCUGAUCAGACGAUAACAGUGUAAAAUAUCUGUAGAAUAAUAACGCACUAUUCUCUGAAUGUUUAUGAUCCAGAAGAUGGUGUAGAAAAUAUUCAGAUCACAUUAAUCUGAACAUUGACCAUCAUUAGUUUGAGAUAACAAUGAAAGAGCGAUGAAGGACUGUAGAGAUCCUCAGCAGCAGCACCCGAAACAGAAGAGUGAUGAAAAUUAGAGGUGUUUAAAUGGAUUUUAAUGACACUAUCGAGGUGCUGAAAAAUCUCUAAUCUGAAGUCUGAGAAGAGGAAGAGGAGCAGCAGGAGGGAAUGUGUGUCACCUGGGAUUCGUCUGCAGCUGAAUCUCAGUAUUCAUUUCAGAAAGUCAUGAUGCCCUUAUUUACACAGAGAUGAGGAACCAUUUGUUUGUCGGAGCCCAAAGUUUGGAACAGGAGACGGUUCAGAGAUGCACUAAAUGCAGAGCGGGAUGGAACGUGAGGAAGGUCACAAAGAAAGCACUUGAUGAAGCUCGUACUUCAACAUCUAUGUUUGUCAUUGUACUUUUUUUAUAGAUCAUAUGUAUGUAUUUUUCUACCAAUAGAUGAACGUGUAAACAAACUCAAAGAGAAAGUAAAGUGGGUGUGAAUGUGCACGGAGCAGAGAGAAAGCGGCUAAGGGAGUGUUUUGUCCCAUUUUUUGUUAAUACUUCUGAAAGUGAGUGAAAGUGGGCCAUCGGGACCUCCAGUGAGUCACUGUCAGGAUGGGAUGUGGGGAAAUAAUAAUUGACAGGUACUGUUAUCAAGCUUUUUUUAAAGGACUUUUCAUACAUAUUAUUACUACUUUCAUUAUGACUGUAUUGCAAAUGUUAUCCACAUUAUUAUCAAUCCGAGGCAUUAUUGUAUUGCAGUACGCUGUACAUAAAUAGAUAGAAAAGACUGUAAAAGGGAAAUAUGUCAUGUGUAAAGAUUAUAUGGAAACUAAACAAACUCCAAUUAAGAAGUAUCAAAUCUGAUGCUGUGUCCCGGGUCACCUUUACCCAUAACACCCCUCAACAAAGUCCUCAAAGAACUAUUGAUUAAAGGACCUGAAAGGUUUAAACACUGUGUUAUUUUAUUGGAAAACAUGUCCGGUUUCCAUUUUACCCUCGGCUCUUAUUGAUAUUAAUUUCAGAUGAUACAAGCUGAAAUGUGUUGAACACAGAAACUCACAGGCCAUGAUGUUGUGCCUAUUAGCGAAGAACGUUUUAACAAUGUAAAUGUGGACUCCUCCAAUCUGAGUCAUGAAGACAAAUGAGUAGAUCCUAACGAUGUUGAGCGUCAAACAGGUUGUGCUGUCUGUGACCUCGGACACCGCUGCCAUGUUUUUGUGCACAAGCGAUCUGUGCCCAAUCAACCGAAUGGAGCAGCCUCACACUGGGCUGUCCUCAUGUAUACUCCCUGUAUUUCAUUGUCUUUUUAUGAAAGAAUAACGUACCAAUGUUAUUACUGAUGCUCCUGAUGAUAAUAUGGUUAUUAACUGCCCUCUGAUGCUACACUCUUGCAUUCUGUGUGCACAGUUACACCUCUUGCUCAUCUGAACAGACUGUUUCUUCCUUUAUGGAGAAUAAAGUUUGAAAAUAGUUUAUGAUGAAAAAAACGUA